GCACGUGCAGUCUCGGGACGUCUUCUGGUCUCGCGCCUGCAGGGUCUCCCAUCUCAGCUCGUUGCUGGCAUGGCUGAGCUCGAAGAACCGGAGGACGGCGGGCGGGGGCGCGCGGCCCAGAGUGGGGGCCCGGACGGCGUUAGGACUUCGGUGUCGCACGAGCUUCUGCGUGCGGGCUGCGCAGGCGCAGGCGGGUUUCAGGACAUGCUGCUCAUUGGUUCUAAAGGCAAGAGUCCAGGCUUGAAGACGGUCCGCAUAGAGAGGAGCAGUGUUUUGGAAAGAGUGAAGAACUUCCUACCUCACAUCGAACAGGCAAACAAAAAACUGAGAGAGGAGAUGGCAUCCGGGCCCCCAGGCCUGUUCAAUAUUGAAAAUGUAGAUGACUCCCUGGAAAAAAUCAUAGAGAUGGAUGUGGCUGUGGUGGAGGUGAGCAGCUCGGAUUCUGAAGGACUCAGUUCGGAAGAGAGUUCUGAAUCCGAGGAUGAAAGCAGCCUUACCAGAGAGGUCACUGUGGAGAACAUGAGGCUUCCAAAGCCAAGAGGAAGAAAAGGCAAGAUAGAAGUUUUGGACAAUUGAUCUGCCAGAUCCGUGAAGUCUUCCACCUCAGGCCAUCUGUCCACCUGCCCUGUGCCCCGCGCUCAUCUGCCCGUGUGCCCCGCGCCAAAUUCGGGUGAUCCAGCUCCUCCGGCUCCAGAGCAUCAUUGGUGUGGCUGACUGUUGUCCGUGUCAUGGGACAUCUCUGCUGCCUCUGUAUAUAUUGUAUAUAGUUCACUCAAGUGGUGUGUGAAAGCCAACUUUUCUAGCCCCUCAUUCAGUGCCUGGCAUAGAAAUAAAUGGCACUGAAUAAAUGCUUUUAAUAUCAACAAA